UAUUGAAGCAACGGAAAGUUCACCAAAUGAUCGACCUGCGGUUUCGAGCUAUGCAUGCAUUAAUUUUCGAAAUUACGAAAGUGACCCCAGCUAUAAUCUUUCUUUGCAAGUAGGAACCACUGUUCACCCACUCUCUUGCCCAAAAUUAAGAAACCAGUUCCUCACGCUGGUGAUCAAGCGAAUGCGACGCCGGAAUUUUCCCUGUUUAUAAUCUCUGACUUAAGAAAAUCUUGGCUUAUUAUACGUAGAUUGUCCUGUAAAGUUAGGGCUUCUGGUUUUCUGGUUGCGUGAAGGAAGAGCAGAGCUUCAAAGACGAUUCGGUUGUUUGAACAAACUGGGGUACCUAUUGGGAAUUUUCCCAAUAAAGAAGGAAGAAAAUCAGUUUGAGUUGAAACUGGCAUGUUACGAGGAUCGAAGGAGGAUAAUCUGAUUAUCAGUUGCUUGAGUCUUGCGAGCUUAGGAAACGAAUAAAGUAAAGACUCUUCAGGGGUUUGUCACUAUUCAUCUCUUGGUCAUAGCAGAAUCGUCAAAAUGGCUAUGUACAUACGUGUUAAGCGUAAUAAGACAACCUACUUCAUUCAGUGUGAUCCUACGGAGACAAUAUUAGACAUUAAACAGAAGUUGCAAAAUCUCAUUGAUCAGCCUGUAAAUGAUCAACGUUUAAUCCUUGUGGCAACUGGUGAGGUUUUGGAUGAUUCAAAAACAUUGGCAGAUCAGAAGGUUGAAAAUGAUUGUAUUGUGGCUCUGACCCUGAGAAAAGAUGAUAAUGAGUUUGAGGAUGUCAACAUUAUACGACCAGAUGAUUUUUACCAAUCCCGGGAUGCAGAUGGUGGUCUGAAUUGGUAAGCCUGAACUUUGCUUGAAACAGCAAUGGCAUAGGAGGGGGGCGGGGAUUAUAUUUUUUGUGAGUAUUUGAUGAUAUCCCACCCGUUUCUACAGUUUUACUGUACCAUAGUAUUCAGUUACAAGCAUGAAACCUCCUUUUUACAGUUUCCAAGUGAGGCAGACUAGUUUCUGUACCAUGUCUCAUUUAUGGUGACCCUCGUACUCGUUUUUACUUUAUUCUGCUAAUCUGAAGAUUGAGAAACGGCCAUGGUUUGCUUAUCAUAGAAUCCAAAAUGUUCAAACAUAAUUCCUGGCA